UUUAUUACAAACACCUGCUGAGUGGACGGCCGCCUGCAGGCAGCACCGCAGAGACUGAAGUGGAUUGUUGCGCUAUUGACAGCAAACUUGUUGAAAGCUUUAACAGCAGCCUGCAGCACUGAGAACGUCUCAUUACACCACCUUUCCUUGUGCUGCUGAAUAACGUGCAUGGAGGAUUAUGGUGUAAAUGCGCACGUCUGACUCAUUUUCUCUCCGCUGUGGCCGGUUGACCUCACCGUGACUCUUGAUGAGAGGUGAACGCUGCUGCAGUGAGGAUUUCCAGCACAAGCUGCAGCUGUUCUCAGCGGCUGACCUGCAGAACAUGAGCAGCCCGCCGAGCCCGUCUCCAGCCCGAUGGUUCAGAGCGCUGCGCAGGACCCGGCUGGGGGAGCCGUGUUUGAAGACGUACCCUCUGGAGUGCGUGGAUGUGCUGAAAAGGGCCAGAGUCGCCUUCCGGGCCGGACGCACCCUGAAGGAGGGCUUCAGACUGGCUCAGCUGGAGGCUGUGGUGCAGAUGCUGGAGGAGCAUGAGUGUGACUUUGUGGAUGCUCUCGGACGGGAUCUUCAUAAGCCGCGCUUUGAGACAGUCGUGUCAGAACUGAUUCUGGUGAAGAACGAGGCGCUUCAUGCCAUCAACAACCUGAGGAAGUGGAUGCAGCCGCAGCAUGUGGAAAGAAACCUGUCCACCUCGUUGGACGAGUGUCUGGUGGUCAGCGAGCCGCUGGGCGUGGUGCUGAUCGUGGGGACCUGGUGCAGUCCCGUCCAAAUGUGUCUGGUGCCGCUGGUAGGGGCCAUCGCUGCAGGGAACUGCGCAAUAAUCAGCCCCUCUGAGUGCACCGCUCACACAGCAGAGCUCCUCCACCGCCUCAUCCCGUUCUACUUGGACAAUGAAUGCUUCCAUGUGAUUAUUGCAGGCUCGAAUGACUUGCCCGAAGUUGUGGAACUUAAAUUUGACCACGUCUUCUUUACAGGGAACGGAGAGGAGGGCAGCAGAAUUGCUCAGGCAGCGGCUCGCACACUCACACCUGUCACCUUGAUUUUGGGUGGCAAGAACCCGUGUUAUGUGGACAAGCAGUGUGACAUUUCCACCACCGCACCGCGCAUUGCCUGGGCACGUUUUCACAAUGCUGGACAGAGCUUGGCGGCUCCUGGCUACAUCCUGUGCCACACGGAUGUCAAGGCGCGGCUGGUGCAGGCCCUCAAGUGCUGCCUGUUGCAGUUCUAUGGUUCGGAUCCCAGAGAGUCCCGCAGCUAUGGCCGCAUGGUCAAUCUAGAGCUCUUCAACCGUACGAGAGACAUGCUGUGGAGAUCUGGAAAGGUGACUGUGGGUGGACAAGUGAUAGAAGCAGAGAAAUACAUUGCCCCAACGAUUUUGACAGAGGUAGCAGAGCAAGAUCCCAUCAUGCAGCAGGAUUUUUUUGGUCCAGUUCUUCCUGUUCUGACAGUAAACGACGUGGAUGAGGCCAUCGACUUUAUUAAUAAGCAAGAGAAACCCCUCUGUGUGUACGCAUAUUCCAGCAACAGCAAGGUCAUCUCAAGACUAAUGACUGAGACCUCUAGUGGAAGCUUUUGUGCCAAUGACAGCAUCGUGCAGAGUCUGAUGGUGGCUCUGCCCUUCGGUGGAGUUGGUGCCAGUGGAAUGGGCUCCUACCACGGCCGCCACAGCUUCGACACCUUCUCUCACAGGAAAUCAUGCCUGCUGAGAAGCACACGGUUUGAGUGUGUAACAUAUCUGCGGUAUCCGCCCUAUGAGGACCGCAAUCUGUCUCUGAUGACAUGGGCCAGCACCCUGUCCCAGAAGAGCCAGGGCUGGUGCCAGAUCCUGUGACUGUGUGGGAGGGGGAUAACAGAGCGGUGCUGGAAGAAAGCCGAGUGGCCCCUCAGUCCUGAACAGAGCUGACGUGCAAGUGUAUUGUUGGUGUAUUAAAAAUAGAUGAGAACAAAACCAACUGGGGUACAGCCAUAUCUCACAGAGAGAGGGAGCAGUGUGCAUAGUGUUUCAUCAGACUGUGAAUGAUGACUGAGGAUAAGGUGGCUUAAUGUUUCUCUGCUGCAGCACCACAACAUACUUCAACUCAACAGUUUGAUUCACCUGUGCAGAUUAAAUCAGGCACUUUGCUUUGUGUCAUUACAGUGUUGGUAGAAUAUACAAAUGAACAAUAUCAAAUUAUCUGCAUUUUACCUGUACCGAGCCCCACACACACACAUUUCUGCCGGCUAAAAUCUUUCAAAUGAUGCAAAAAUAUAAAACCAGUUGGAUUUAUCAACUAUUGUUGUUCUGCAUUUUGUACAAGUCGAUCGAGAGAGCCACCACUGACUGUUUUGGAUCCAGAGAGGGUCAUCCCCAAACUCACAUCACACUAUAAAACCAAACAUUAAAUAUGAACCAUGAUCAUCACCAGGAGUGUUUACUGAUCGGUUGCAACCGUAGUGCAUUCAGGAGGUUGUUUUCUACCUUUUGAGAAUAAAAUGGGAAUAGCAUAGCUGUUUUUUUUCCCUCUGGUCAUGUAGCAACAAUUUCAAAAAUGUUUGUCUUCCUUCUGCAGAGACAACACAGUUGUAUGCAAGAACCAUCUAUCCAGUGGUGAAAGACCUUUCAGAUCACUAGGAUGUGCAUGUAUUGGCUCAGUUGUUUAAAAUGUAGUCACAGAAACGUUUAUCACUGUCUGUAUUCCCACAUUAUGUUAAGAAUAAAUAAAACAAUAUUGGAUCUU